AUGGAGGCGCCGCUGCCCGUGACGGUGUCGGCCGUAGUGCCGUCAACAGCGAAAAAGAAGCGCUCGCUGGACCUGCGCGAUAUGAUGGACGAGCUUCCGAUGUUGGUGACACUGAAGGACCAGAAAUGGAUGGCCAGACUGCCCCGCAGUAUGUUCCCAAAGCCCAAGAAGAGUCCGCGUGACAGCGAUAGCUCCGACACGGACACAGCGCUGCUCUCACCUGGGUUUCUACCUACACCGCGGACGGCCAGAGCCAUGUCGGUGUUGGUGCCGCAGCCGAAUGAGGAGGUACUGGAGGCCCUGGAUGCGCGUUACUUUACUGAGAGCUUCGACCCAGUCGCACAUAUGCUGGAAAAUCUUCCCGAGAAAAAAGACGCGCUGAACGUGUUCAUGCGCACCGAGAUCAGUGCUGUAGAUGUAGCCAAGGACGUUAUUCUGACCAAGCUGCAGGACGAGGUGCGCGCGAACUACAACGCGCUGAUUCAGGGCAUGAAGGUGGUGCAGGACGUGGAUCUCGACUUGGUUCGAGCUCAAAUCCACGUUAAGAACGGACGUCGCCUGCUUGCAACAGCCAAGCACGACCUCAUCAUGAGCUCGCUGGAAAUCGUGAAAACGAAGCGAAAUCGGGAUCGUGUUAGCGAAAUUGUCGGUUUGGGCUCGCAAAUUGUGCACUUGUUUGAGGAAGAAGAGAAGAUGAAUCGUGCCCUUCAAGAGCAUCACUUUAUUACUGCUGUGGACAUUUGCGUUGGUCUAAGGAAAGGAUUGUCGCGCGAGGAGAUGCAGGGUCUUACUAUCUUGGAUGAAAUUCGACUUCGGAUGCAAGACUUUAUUCCAAAACUACGGGAACAAUUCGACCAGUCUUUGCGGAAAGUUGCCGGACAUUUCGAUCCUCUUGAAUACAAGGAGCUGCUCCAAGCCUACAUUACUCUAGCGGAUCACUCUGAAAAUCUGGGUUUCGAGUUUUCAUCGUAUACGCUGAACGACGUGCUCUCCAAAAUUCCAGAAAUCAUCGUGCGCUCAAUCGACGACAUGACUAGUGAGUUUAUGCGUCGGGUCUUUGACGCUAGCGGAGAAGCGGCGGAUACAGCACUAACACCGGCGUCCCAAACAGUGGAAAACGUCAAGAGAGGCUAUGAACAUCUCACCGACUUGAUGCACACGUAUUAUCUUCUGGUACAAUGGCAUCGGGAUCCGUUUAACCCGCUGAACGAUGGCAUGGUGUACCUCCACCGUUGCGGAAUUGACGAUGAUGACGACGACGACGACGAUGACAGCGAAGAAGAAGAUGCGCACGACGAGAAGGGGUAUCGUCAUACUCACUCGUCAAGGCACGGUCAUGGAAUGCUUUGUGAUACUGGAAUGACGUUGCUAAGAUACCGCAAGAUCGUGUGGGAAAACAUUCAACACAACGUCCUGGAGAUGGUUGAGAAGCUGGACAUGACUUAUAGCUACAAGAUGGAGCAUAUUAUUGCGCUUUCACUUGCGACGACGACGUUUUCUGAAAUCGGGGAGGAGUUCACAGGCGCUGCAUCGUCAAAGAUUCGAUCCGUUCUUCGUGUCAAGUGUGAGCAGUAUCUGCACGCCUUUCACGACGACAAUAUCGAGCUGGCUCGGAUGCUUUUGGACACAGAAAACUGGCUUCGCGUCACUGGAUCGACCACGGAUGGUGACGAUAAUGCGGGUCUUCUUCGGCUCAUCGAGAAGCGGAGUGGUUACUACUUUGAGCGAAAAGUUCGUGGAGAUCUUGCGGUCAACCCUAUUUAUUCGAGACGCGUGUUUCCUUCUUUCCACAGCGAAGGGAACCCGUUCGGCGCCGCCAACUCGAUGGAGUGGCUGUCGAUGAAGCAAGGCAUCCGCUUCCACCAUGAAACUAUUGGUGUAAAUAGUGGUGAGAAAAUGUCUCCGAACCAAGAGCUGCCUGUAAUGGAUCCGAACGAGUCCGAAUUUGUGUUGACCUCAUCCAGUCUCGCAGGUUUUGUCCGGCUCUGUGGUGUUUACCUGAAAAUGAUGGAGCAUCUUCCUCAUAUUGCUUGGGAUGUUUUCCGCUUAUUGAACAAUCUGUUCGAGUUCAACUUGUACGCUGUAUUCACCAACUUCCUCGCUGCAGACGACAUCGCCCAGUUAUUCCGGGGUAAAGGUGGGGGGUUGAUUAAGAAGGAUGCUACGCGGUGGAAUGGACUGCGCACUGGAAUCUGUCGUAUUGCGGAUGAAGUCAACGCCGGGGAAGUGCUGCUUCAGUCGUCUGCUCUGAUAUACCCUGCUGCAAACUCGGAUAAAGGAAGAAUGGAUCAGCAGAACUCGCCCAUGUCGAGAAAAGUGACUUUACGCAAGAUAACUCGAGUACCAGCAGCCAUGGAAGAUGCAGAUGAAGGCAACUUGUACGCGCUGGCUGAGCGGUCUAUUGCUUGUGAAGCGAUUGUCGGACAGUCCAGACUGCUGAACGCAAUUGAAGACCUCGCUCGAUCUUAUCUUCCGGACCGAUAUCUGUGUCUUAUGGAUGAGGUGUUCGAGCGAAAUCGCACGAUGGCACGAGAGCUCCGUAGCUUCAUGUACAGCACGAUUGCAGUGAGGCUUGUGGACGUUCCUGCUCUCAUGGAGUCCGUUGCCGCAGUGUCGUGGGAUAUCCCGUACAUCAGUGAUCAACACAACGAGUAUAUUGUCCACUUAGUGCAGAAGUGUGGGGAAGCGUGGGGAGGGCUACAGAUUCUGGCGGACGGAUCCAUCCCGAUGGAUGCACGGGAGGAUAUUUGGGCGGAAAUGGUGCAGAUUAUCAUGGAUACAUUGCUACAGGCUUUCUCGACGGUGUCCAAGCCCACUGCUCAAGGCCGUGCUCUGAUGUUACUGGACUUACAUGCACUUCAGAAUGGUCUUGACCUGAUUAACCACGUCAGCUCUCGGACAGUGCCUCGUGGGCGGGAGUACGUGGGUAAUUACAUCAAAGCAUUUUACUACGACGAGGAUGAACUUCUGGAAUGGGUACAAGCUAACAAGACGUUGUACUCGAAAGUUCAAUUCGCUAACUUACUCAAAAACGGCAUCGGAUCGACGCUCGAGAUCAAGAAACUGCGCGAGAUCGUGUUGAAAAUUGACGCGAUGAUUAGUUGA